CCGGGCGCUGCCCGGGGGAUUCGGGCCGAUUCGCGGGCGCUGCCAGUCUCGGGCGGCGGCGUCCGGCGCGCGGGCGGCCUUCUGGGCGGGCUCAAGGGUGUGAGCGGCGCGCGGGGGAGACGGAGCGAGACUGAGCGGACCGGCCACCGCGGCUACAGGCUUCCGACCCACACGAGACGAUGACUACUGAUGAAGGAGCCAAGAACAAUGGAGAAAGCCCCGCCGCAGCCGUUGCCGAGCGGGGAGAGGACAUCACCUCCAAGAAAGACCGAGGAGUCUUAAAGAUUGUCAGAAGAGUGGGAAGGAGUGAGGAAAAACCCAUGAUCGGAGACAAAGUGUAUGUCCAUUACAAAGGGAAGUUAUCCAAUGGAAAGAAGUUUGAUUCCAGCCAUGACAGGAACGAGCCGUUCGUCUUUAGUCUCGGCAAAGGUCGGGUCAUCAAGGCAUGGGACAUCGGGGUGGCCACCAUGAAGAAAGGGGAGAUCUGCCAUCUGCUGUGCAAACCUGAAUAUGCGUACGGCUCUGCCGGCAAUCUCCCCCAGAUUCCCUCCAACGAGACGCUCUUUUUCGAGAUCGAGCUCCUUGAUUUCAAAGGAGAGGAUUUAUUUGAAGACGGAGGCAUUAUCCGAAGAAUCAAGCAGAAAGGAGAAGGCUACUCCAACCCCAAUGAAGGGGCGACCGUGGAGAUUCACCUGGAGGGCUGCUGUGGAGGAAGGAGGUUCGACUGCAGAGACGUGGUGUUCAUCGUGGGCGAGGGCGAGGACCACGACAUCCCCAUCGGGAUCGACAAAGCCCUGGAGAAGAUGCAGCGGGAGGAGCAGUGCGUGCUGUACCUCGGGCCACGAUAUGGUUUUGGAGAGGCAGGGAAGCCUAAAUUUGGUAUUGAACCUAAUGCUGAGCUUAUAUAUGAAGUUACACUUAAGAGCUUCGAAAAGGCCAAAGAAUCCUGGGAGAUGGAUACCAAAGAAAAGUUGGAGCAGGCCGCCAUUGUUAAAGAGAAGGGCACUGUGUACUUCAAGGGCGGGAAGUACAUGCAGGCGGUGAUCCAGUACGGGAAGAUCGUCUCCUGGCUGGAGAUGGAGUACGGCUUGUCGGAGACGGAGUCCAAGGCUUCCGAGGCCUUUCUGCUCGCCGCCUUCCUGAACCUGGCCAUGUGCUACCUGAAGCUCCGAGAGUACAGCAAAGCCGUGGACUGCUGCGACAAGGCCCUUGGCCUGGACAACACCAACGAGAAGGGCCUGUACCGGCGGGGGGAAGCCCAGCUGCUCAUGAACGAGUUCGAGUCGGCCCGGGGCGACUUCGAGAAGGUGCUGGAGGUGAAUCCCCACAACAAGGCGGCCAGGCUGCAGAUCUCCAUGUGCCAGAAGAAGGCGAAGGAGCACAACGAGAGGGACCGCAGGAUCUACGCCAACAUGUUCAAGAAGUUCGCAGAGCAGGACGCGAAGGAAGAGGCCAGUAGAUCCCUGGGCAAGAAGCCGCGAGAAGAGGCCCGCGGCCCGGGGAAGGAGGCCGAGAGCCAGGCCAUGGAAGAGGAGAAGGCGGAGGGCCGCGUAUGACGCCGCGCCCCGGAGGGCAGAGUGCCGCCCUCCUCCGCGGGCUCGCCCCUCGCAGGACCCAGCCGCGCCCCCCGUGACGCGGGGAGUCAGGGGCACGCGCAGUCGCUUCCCUCCAAGCCGCCGCCCUGCUGCCGCCCCGCGCGCCCACGGAGGGCGGGCGUGGGGCUCCCCCCGAGGGGGCGGUGGGUGCGGAGAGACUGAGCCAGCAGCCCCAGCCCCUCGCGCCGGUCCCCUCCCCAGCCCCGGAGGCCCGUGUCCGCCGGCCGCCAGCAGCAUAGCACUGUAGGAAGCGCCAGGACGCGCCCCGCAGCGCGCACCGGUACCCCUCCAGGCGCCCAGGAGUGGGAGGGGCCCAGGGCCGUGCCCGGGGUCCACCCUCCCCCUCUUUGUCCCCCGCGACCCCAGCUGAAGACAGGACAGCCUGUUGGCGUGAGUCAGAGCCGCACGCUUCCCCUCGUACCGUGGCCCCCGAGCGGAUGCAGCCGGGGAACCAUGUAGGACCCCGGCAGCUUUGUGGUUUUAUUUUUUUUUUGUUUUUUGUUUUUGGUCCUUAUUUCUGAUUACUGUCCCAUAAACGUGUAUACUGGUUUAUGGAACUUUUAUUUACACUCCUAUCAUGCAAAAAAAGAAAAAGAAAAGAAAAGAAAAAAAGGACUUGAUACUACUAAGUAGCUUUAUUUUUACAAUCCAGUCGGCGAGGCUGAAAGAUGCCCCCCAGCUUGCUCUUGUACCGUCCGGAUCUUCCCGGCCCUCCUCCAGCGCCCAGCGGUGGGAGGGGCCUGAAGCGGCCCCCAACUCCAGCACUCACUCGGGCAUUGAACUAGGGCGCGUCUUCAGGAAGGCCAAGUAGUGAACUGUAGUUUCUUACGGGUAUAUGAAACUGAGCACCGCCCUCUGUUCCCACGGGCGCACACCCUCCUGAAACCCCCGAGGCAGCCCAGGGAUACUCCGCAGCAUCUCACAUCUUAGAUUCCAAAGAACACUGGCAGUUAACAUUAUAGCUGGGUUGGGUUGGGUUGGGUCGGGUUGGGUUUUUAAUGUGAUUUAACAACACUUUUGUCAUGAGGUAAGGACCCACUAAUAAAACGUUUCUGGGCUGGAGAAAUCACAGGCUAGGAGUUGGGUGCUUGCCUCGCUCGCGUGGACCCAGCCCAGGUUUAAUCCAUGCCACCUCACAUGGUCCCCUGAGCCCCGCCAGACGUGAUCCCUGAGCACAGAGCCAGGAGUGAGCCUUGAGCACUGCCAGGGGUGUGGCACCAAAAGAAAACAAAAAAAUAUUUUAAAUAGUCAUUUCUAUGAACCAGUGGAAUUUGUCGUUUCUCCAUUAAUGAUGACUAAGGUCCACGUUAACUUUUUAUUUACACGUUUUUAUGGGGUUUUCCCAAAGUCCCAAGCUCACCUUGAACAUAUGAAAAGUCGAAGUUCAUUUUGUUGCUUUUCCUCGCUAGUAUUUGUAGGUCUGUGGGCUAGAGCCGGGGUUCCACCGAGUCGAGUUGGAGAUUUGGUCCACGAAGGACAAAUCUGUGUUCCCAGCUUUUAUUUUGUUUUUCAGGCACAAACAAAACCAGUCAAGAAAUUCGAUUUUCCCAGCUGUCAUCACCCACCUGGGCCUCAGGGCGGGAGGAGAGGCGGGGCCGGCCAGGAAGGCUGGUGAGCCUGGAGGAUGGCGUUACCCAUCACCCUCACGGAAAAGAACUCCCAAUUCCAGUCUCCGAUCCCGCCACCUAACCAGUCCAUCUAGAAACCAGAUGUUUUCUAACUGCUUACCGAGUGGUGAGGCAGCAUAUGAGGAAUUAAAAGUUGUUUUUUUUUUUAAUGAUGCUCAUUUUUGUGUUCCUUAAAUAAAUCUAAAAACAAAACAAAUGUUAGUUCCCAUUCCUCUCGAUUUGGCUGAAAUCGUCUGCAGGAAUGUGUUUCGAGUGGAAAACUCAGACGGGGUCAAGCAGAAGAAAUGAGACUUCAGGAAAUGACCUGAAGCAACGGGCUUGGCCCCCAGCUUCUCCGAACACGCAGAAGCCACCUGGGACGCUGCUUCUUCGGCAGGGAAUGGAAUAAGUGUUCUUCCAAUGAACCAGAUAAUCCGAAAAAGGGCUUGAGUCGGGCUUGGUCGUCUCAUUAACCCGUGAAUCCCCUACAGUUAGUAGUGUUGGCUUAGCUGCUCUCGGUUCUGUUUGGGAAAUGAAGAGAUUGUCACGGUGCCCGUAGUAGGCCCCUGAGACAGGAGUGCGCACCUGAGGGGGCGUGGCUAACGUUUUGGCUGCUUCCAAAGGUUUGAGGAGCCGUGCGCAUGCCUGCCGCUUCCCGGUUCCCUCCGGCCGGGCGGGGGUGGGGUGCAUCUCUCCAGCCACAGCACCCAGGCCCGUGCGGGCCCCUUUCCUCGCUGAAUCUUGUCUCGGGAACAGAUUCGGACUCUCCCCGUUGCGGUUAGAUUACUUAGUAAUGAAGAGCUCCUUUUUUAUUUUUCCGUGUGUUUUCCUAAGCCAGUGGUGAUUACUCUCCGGAUUUUUGCAGAUGAGCUGGAGGAGGUUUUCCUGGCUCUAAGUUUGAUGAGUCUUCCUAGCGGCCAGAGCUCGGUCAGCACGGCAGAGCCUCCGGCCGAUGAGGGGACAGGGCCUGGGGGCCCGGGGGUCUGGCCUCUGAGAAGAGCUGCGGUGCCCCUCUCUGCGGCAUGUCACAGUAUCCUCCGGGGCUGACGGCCCUGGAGAUGCUGCUCGGAUGGAUCGCGGGUGCCACUGUUCGUUGAAUUUGAGCUGCUUCCCGUCAAAAGUCAGAAAACUCAAUUCCCCCAGUCUAGCGGGACUUUUUUCCUCCAACACCAGAGACAGCCCACGUGUGUACACCUUCAGAGUCCUCUGCCACCUUCAGAGUUCCUGGGCCUUUCUGCGCUUCCUUCCCUUCAUGUUGAUUUUUCCUCUCCUACAGUCUGACAGAUUUCUUUGGGACGUGGCGGAGGAUAUAAAGAACACGUGCUCGUUUGAGCACUGCUGUUUUCCUGAUCUCGCUAUUCUGCAGUGACACAGAGUUUGCCCACGUGACCUUAGCCCUCGGCAUUGCUAAACAGGACUCACCAGCUUCCUGUCGCAGCAUGCGCCGCGAAGAGAUUGCCCUGUCCGUCUGGUUGGGCCGAAGGCGUAGUACAGGGGGCUAGGCGCUUUCUCUGCAUCUGGCCUACCCUCUUGAAUCUCCUGAGCACAGAGUCAGGGAGUGUUGCUGGCUCAAGAGAUGCUCUGAGCAUCCCUCCCCCCUCCCGAGAAAUUCAUCUUCCAUGGAUUGGGCAACUGGGAAUGUAGCUCAGUGGAAAGCAUAUGCCUUGCCUGCGGUGAGACCUGAAUUAAUUCCCCAGGACUAGGAAAGUGAAGAGAGGCGACAAUUUUAGCAGUCACCUGUAAUGCAGCUUUCCGUGGAGACCCGGAGGAACGAGAGCUCGGAGUGAUCAUACAAGCAUCCCACAGUACCCAGGACCCCGCGUCCUUCCUUGAACGCUUCUCUCACCGGUCUUCUGCUUGCCUCCGAUGCUUAUGACUCGCUUUUCCUAUGGGCCAAAAUGUUGAUGGUUGCCUCAAGAAUCCCAAGCAUUUGGUUGAAUUGAAAUGGCUUCAGAUUCCUUCCUCUGCCUCACUUUCUCCUUGCAAGGAAAGAUAAUGCGGAGAAUUCACGAGCCUAUUGGGGGGGGGGGGGGCGAAAUAGCUGCUUUGCAGCGCAAGGCACCCCCUGGUCUGAGCUGCGGGUGGCGGUGGGCUGAGGGAAGCUGGCGGGAUCUUGGGUCAUUGGCUUCCAGAUGACCGCUUGCAGUCUGCUUGAAUGAAACGAGAGGUUUCCCAGGGCUUUUUGAUCAUUUUGAGAAUUGAACUUCCCACGCUGUGAGACUCCUCACUUUUAACAUCAUCAUGGCCGUGCAGUCAAAUGCAGUGACCUGUGAUGGGGUGGUUGAGCACCAACCAGCUCUUUUAAAUCUUUUCAAAAGGGUGGGGGAACAGAAAGAUAGUACAGAAAAGAAAGUGCUUGCCUGGGGCUGGAGCAAUAGCACAGCGGGUAGGGUGUUUGCCUUGCACGUGGCUGACCCGGGUUCGAUUCCCAGCAUCCCAUAUGGUCCCCUGAGCACCGCCAGGAGUGAUUCCUGAAUGCAGAGCCAGGAGUAACCCCUGUGCAUCGCCAGGUGUGACCCAAAAAGGAAAAGAAAAAAAAAAAAACACCAGAGAGGACCAAAGAGAUAGUGCGGGAUUAAAGAUUUAAGGUGCUUGCCUUGCACACAGCUGACCCAGGUUCAUUCUCUGACUCAGUCCCUGACACCACAUGUGCUCCCCGAGCACUGUCCGGAGGGACCCUGUGCACAGGAAGUGCUGCCCUGCAGUCACACCCCAGAACUGAGUUGAAUGAUCACCAUGCCAGGCAACAAACCCCUUUCCACUGCCAACAAGCCAAAUAGUCACUGCAUCACUUCCUCCUCAGUCUCACAAAAGACCACGUGGUCCUCGGCCAGACUGCAGGGAAGAAAUUCGGGGGCAUGUGUUUGGGGGUCCACACCUGGCGAUGCUCAGGGCUUACUCCUGGCAGGGCUCAGGGGACCAUUGGGAUGCCGGGAUCAAACCCAGGUCAAGGUACCAACUUUCACAGCCCUGGGACGUGUAUUUUACUGUUUUUUGGCUUGCGGCCACACUUUGAUGCUCAGGAAUUAUUCCGGGUGGUGCACGGGGAACCAUAUGGAAUGCCGGGGUUGAGCUCGUGUGCAAGGCCAGCGCCCUGCCUGCUAUGCUAUCUCUCCAGCCCCAGGGGCAUGUAUUGUAAGCCUAACCUAGUUUGAGCCUUUCUUGAGACAUUAAAUAUUUCUACUCUGGG